CCAGCCUGUCCAGGAAGCCACUGUGACCCCGACGGGAGGGAGUUCGGACCUGACAGGAUGGGGGGAGUAAGUGAGGGAGAUGAUGUGCUGGCGCGAUGGAGUGAUGGACUACUGUACCUCGGCAACGUGAAAAGAGUGGACGGAGUCAAGCAAUGCUGUCUGGUGAGAUUUGAGGACAACUCUGAGUUCUGGGUUCUGAGGAAGGACAUCCACUCGUUCGCCGCCGGAGUGGAAGAAGUUUGCUGUAUUUGUGACACCCCGCCUCUUAAAGAACCCCUCAUAAAUUGUCUUAAAUGCCGCCACGGUUAUCAUCCAGAGUGCCACACGCCCGCCAUCGACCCGGAAGCUGACAGCGAUUCAUGGAUAUGUCGGCAAUGCGUCUUCGCAGUUGCGACCAAGAGAGGCGGGGCCCUCAAGCGGGGACGCUUCGCCCGGCUCAUGCACUACAUGAAACUCCGGCUGCCCUACCAGCUGUCGUCCUUGGACUGGGACCCGCAGCACCUGACCAAUCAGCAGCAGUGCUACUGCUACUGCGCCGGACCUGGAGAGUGGAACCUGAAGAUGCUGCAGUGUGGCAGCUGUGGCCAGUGGUUUCACGAGGCCUGCACCCAGUGUCUGGCCAAGCCGCUGCUGUACGGCGACAGGUUUUACCAGUUUCAGUGCUCCAUUUGCACAAAGGGACCGGAGACCAUCCAGAGACUCCCCAUGACCUGGGUGGACCUGGCUCAUCUCGUGCUCUACCAUCUCUCGCUGUGCUGCAAGAGGAAAUACUUUGAUUUUGACCACGAGAUCCUGUCCUUCACCAACGAGAACUGGGACUCGUUGCUCCUGGGCGUGCUCUCUGACACGCCGAGGCAGGACCGCUGUCACAAUCUCCUCAACGCGCUCAACUCCCACAAGGACAGGUUCGUCUCUGGAAAGGAGAUCAAGAAGAAGAAGUGUCUUUUUGGGCUGCAGGUCAGAGCCCCGCCCCCGCUCACGUCUGAUUCGUCGCCGCUCAUCACCGAACCGCCUAUCAGCAUCACCCACCGGAGAAGCCCAUUGUCUCUCCCCUGCCAGAGAAGAGUGGGGGGGCCAGAGCCGCGUAAAUCAAAGCGUCGCAUCAUGGAGACACAGGCCUCUCCACCUCCAGUCGCUGCCAACACGAUUGAGCUGCUGCCAUGUUGCCCUGGCUACAUGGGAGGGGCCAGCCUUUACAACUCCAGGAAGUCGGAGGAGGAGCUUGAUGUGAGCUCUCCACCCAAGCGGAUGUACGCCCUCUACCAGUCCACGUACAACGGAAACGCUGCACUGUCUACGAAUCUCCACCACUACAACAGCCUAGAGGACAGUUGCCGGGUACCACCUCCGUGCUUUCCGUACCCCGUCGAAGGCAACGGAAACCACCACCACCACCACCACCACCACCUGCACCAGCACCAGCACCAGCAUCAGCACCACAGCCACCACCACAGCCACCAACACCAGCCAGGGCAGAAGCAGCCCGAGCCCCUCAUCCUCCGUGACGUACCUCAUUAUCAGCCCACCUGCACGGCUGGCGGAGGAGACGCCGGAGGAGGUGGAGGCGGAGACGGGGGCGGGGGCGGGGGCGGGGGCGGAGGCGGAGCGGGGCUGGGCGACGGAGGCAGGGACGGGACUGUGGCCAGGAGCUGGGGAGGAGGGGAGGCGGUGAGGAUCUUGGCAAGGCGUGUCACACCAGAAGGGAAGGUGCAGUACCUGGUGGAGUGGGAGAACGUGAGUUUGUACUGAGAGAGCAGACGCGAGACGCAGGGACUGUUUUCCAGUUGCCACAGGACUUCUGAGUAUUGAACAUGUGGCAAGUGUUUGUAGUACAAACUAAAAUCCCCACACGUUGCAGAUCCAGGUUGCUCUCAUAGUAUCACCUCUGUUCCUCAUCAUUAUACCGUCACUACACGUUACUAAAUAUCCCUCUUUACUGGUGUUUCUCUGAUAUUUGUACUGUUAACUUUGGAAUAUGCCUUUGCAUUUAUCAUGUUUUAUAGUGGUGAGGGGAAAUAUUUCAGCCUCCAGAUGAUUGGACAAUGUUUGGGCCUCAUUCAGCUGAACAUAUGAAAUAAACAUUGCUGCAGAUAUUCAAUUUUAGAGUAGAAGACUCGCUACUAUCUCAGUAUUUCAGCUUAGUUACCACAGAUAACUGUACAACAAUGUUCCAGUUAAGAUAAAGCCGACAGAAACAGCAACUACAGCUAGCUGGACUAAACGUUACCUCUGUAUUUUAUUUAUUUUAUCCCUUAUUAUUCAGGGCCGUGCUGAGGUCCCCAACCCAGGGCAGGGAUGUGCAAGUUUCUCGUGGCAUGGCUUGCAAUCAACCCCAGAGUUUGAUUAUAAUGUGAAAAUUGUCCUUGUCUAUGUGUACCCAAUAACCCCCCCCGGCAACGUGAUUGUGUAAAAAAAAAACUAAAACGAUGCCAUAACUUCCGUCAGCGGUGUUACGAAUCAGUGGCCAGCAGCUUAUGUGACUGCUACCUGUCUCCAGCUAUGGGAGCGUGCAGUCGUCAGUCCAUCGUGAUUACUUAGCCCUAUGUCAGUGCGGUUACAUGCAUAUCUAAUCAAGCUAUUACAACAAUCUAACUAAGGAUUAAA